CGCCGCUCUUCGUCCUCCUCUCUUCGCGUUAGGGUUAGGGUAGUUCUCCCCAGAAGAUCAGAGAUGGCGGUUCCGUUGCUGACGGCGAAGAUCGUGAAGAAGAGGACCAAGCACUUCAAGAGGGCCCAUAGCGACCGCUACAUUGGUCUCAAGCCAAGCUGGCGCAGGCCAAAGGGUAUUGAUUCCCGUGUCAGGAGGAAGUUCAAGGGAUGCGUCUUGAUGCCCAACAUUGGUUAUGGUUCUGACAAGAAGACCAGGCAUUACCUUCCCAACAAAUUCAAGAAGUUUGUUGUCCACAACGUCUCUGAGCUGGAGCUGUUGAUGAUGCACAACAGGACCUACUGUGCUGAGAUUGCACACAACGUCUCCACAAAGAAGCGCAAGGAUAUCGUUGAGCGUGCUGCGCAGCUUGACAUCGUGGUCACCAACAAGCUCGCCAGGCUCCGCAGCCAGGAGGAUGAGUAGGCUCGUCUUCAGUACUAUGUUUUGGUCUGGUUCGUAUGUAGGAAACUAUUCCGCUUUUCUACUGCCAUGGCUACCUGUUUUGCCUAUCAGCGGUGACUAAUGUGUCUAAGAUGUACUGUUACCAUGAGAAUCUGUGUCUCGUUGCCAGUUGCUGGAAAGAGUGCAUUAAGUGUUUUGUGUCUGCAUUUUUAUUCUGGUGACUCAGUUUGAAAGAUUUGUUUUAAAUCUUUUGAGUGCUAUUAUGUGAUGCUGUCGAUGCUUGAGACUAA